UGACGUACCCUAACCUCAAAUUUUUAACGAUGCAAGAGGUUAGAGGUUUGCUAUAAAACCAAACAGAUUGAAAGCACCUUGACUUAACCUCCACCAACCGGUGGGAAACGAGUAAAAAAGAAAGGAAGGGAGAACCUGCUUCUAAAAAUUCGUGAUCGAAUGGAAGGGUGAGUCCCUUUCAACAAUAAACGCGUUAGUCAAAGCAUCCGCGGCGAAUAACGUCCUCGUCUCUCGCGAUGAGCGUGCUCGUGCAGGGACUAGGUCGCCUGCGGGGUGCGUACCCGGCGCUGUUGAGGUUGAGGUUAGGCUGCGACAAUUGCAACCGCCUGGAUCGGGUGUUCAACGCCCUGCUGAAGCGUAAGCGCAGCAGUACCUCGAGCGCGGCGUGGAUCGACCCUCGGGUCGUUAGGGCCCAGGGGUUCGUGGUCCCCGCCAACGUCGCCAAUAGACCUGUCAACAAGAACGGCGUUGAAAUCAGUCCGGACAGGAUCCCGGAGAACACGUACGCCCACAAUCUCUUUCUGAACUCGACGAAGUACGCGGAUAUCGUGAUGCGGCCGAGCACCACGUACGCUCACGUGACGAACAAGCAGGCCCUGGAGAUCCUGGAGCAGGAUUGGAGCUCGAUGACCAGCGCCGAGACGGCGUCCGCCGUCAAGAAGCUGUCCUACAACGUUUGCCACAACGACGAUGAAGAGAAGAUCGAUCCGCUCAAAUACGCGAAGCCCUUCAGCACGUUGAACACGCAAAAGUUGACGGACGACGAUCUGAUGACAAUAAUGAAGCACCUGGUACCGUUGAGAAGUCACAUGGAGAAGUGUGAUUUUUACAACAAUCUCUGCGGACGGAUAGACAGAGAGUGCAUAGUGCGUUUCUCGCGGCUGCCCAGAGAAAAGAUGUUGUAUCUCUGUGACGUGAUAUAUCAGAUGGUGCCCAAGGUCUUUCAGCAAUUCUAUUCCCAAUAUAUAUGGAAUUCCAUUAGGCAACUAGGCAACAAACCUCAUAAGCUUAGUCCCCAACAAUUGGUCCAGAUUCUGUUCUUUCUAAAUAUAUACCGGAAGCCGCCUAUAAACAUGUACGAGCUCGAAUUCCAAUUGGAACGCUGCAUGGAAGACUUGUCGAUCAACGAGCUGGCUGUAGCGGCGUUGGGUUUCUUCAAGACCAGCACGAAAAUCAGAAGCAAUGACUUCUUGAAGCGUAUCAUCCGGAGGACCAUAGACGAAAUUGAUACGGUGGAGACCGUGAGCAUCGCGGGCAUCAUAAAAUUAGUGCGGUACAGCAUGAUGCUUGGAGAGGUCAAAACAUUUGUAGAAUUACUGAAAGCUCUGACGCCGUACGAGCCGCGUUACACGUUGAUGUCCCUAGCGCACAUUGCGCAAGCAUGCGGAAGGGUCGCCGUGUACGACAAAGAGCUCAUGGACCGAAUAAUCGGGAGAUUAAAUAGGGAAUUAAAAACCGCGAGGUUGAAGGAUUUUGAAAGAUUUUUUUAUACUUUCUCUAUUUUUAAUAUCGAUUCGAAAACCAAUGACGUCUACGAGAACGUGAUCGAAGAAUUAAGGGCCACUUGGGACACCACUCGAGCGGCCGAGAUAGCAAAGUUUCCACAUGUAGCUUCACGUAUUCUAGGAUUUUUGACGACACAAAAUGUAUAUCCCAUAGACCUGAUCAAACUCGUCAUGGCGCCCGAACACGUGAACAAGACAUGCUCUGGCAAUUACCAUCAUCUCUCGCGUGAAUACUGCAUGCUGGAUUACGGCCUUCGGGUGGAGGUACCCGAGUACGAUGGUCCAUUGCUUAAACCCAGUAUAAGUAGUUUUCUAGAGAAGAAAUAUUACGAAUUGUAUCUGAAGACCGGCUCGGCGGACUCGACUCGGGCAAAUUUACUUUUCACGGACGUGCUGACAACAUGCCAGGAGUUGUUCAACACCACGUCGGACAUAUCGGUUGUUCGUGCGUUACCGCAUUUUGUGACGCAAGACAUUGUCUUCUGUAUAGACGAGCAAAACCAGCUUGUACCAUCAGAGACGUAUUGGUCGCAGUUUGAAUCGAGUGAUAUUAAAUAUGUGAACAAGCAGAAUUCGAAUAUCAGGUGGAUCGCCCUCGUCAUGGGUCAUCAUGGAUUAUUGAUACGGAAUUGUCUUACGCCUACUGGAUCCUUAGCCGCAAAAAUGAGGCAAUUAUCCAAAAUUGGCUACACACCGAUCAUGAUAUCAUAUGUUUCUUGGGACGCACACAAAUCACCGCAGGAGAAACGUAAUUACAUCAAAAAGCUUGUGUUUCGAGAUAAUGCGUUAAAACUGUCCAAUAUUAUAUAAUAGCGCGCAAAACACGUCGCAAAUGGAUAUCUUGUACAUCUUUUAUUAGGAAAAAUAUUUCUUGUAAUAUAAAAUAUUUCUCAUAUUA